AUGAGUGAUCCAGAACCCUGCAGAAUGAAACACACUGAAGAUACUGAAGAACAAAGAGAGCUGAUGGUAGUGAAGGAGGAGGGUGAAGAACUGAUUGAAGUAGAGGAGAAACAUCAUGUCAAACCUGGAGAAAUACCUUUGAGUCGCUCAAAGACUAAAAAGACAUUUUUAAAGAAAAGAAGAGCCAAGAAAUCUGCAACCUGCACUCAGUGUGGAAAGAGUUUCUCAACAAAACAAAAUCUUGAACUUCAUAUAAGAGUUCAUAGUGGAGAGAAGCCGUUCACAUGUGAUCAGUGCGGGAAGAGAUUCACACGUAAAACAAAUCUUGAUGAUCACAUGAGAGUUCACACUGGAGAGAAGCCGUUCAAGUGUGAUCAAUGUGGGAAAGGUUUCAGUCAAUCUGCACACCUCAAAAGACACAUGAGGAUCCACACUGGAGAGAAGCCGUUCAAGUGUGAUCAGUGUGGAAAUAGUUUCACAGACAAAUCGAGUCUUUAUGUUCACAUGAGGAUCCACACCGGAGAAAAGCCUUAUAUGUGUGAACAUUGUGGAAAGAGAUUCUCAAAGAAACAUCGUCUGGAUGUUCACAUGAGAGUUCAUACUGGAGAGAAGCCGUACGCAUGUGAUCAGUGUGAAAAGAGAUUCACAUACAAACAUUAUCUUGAGCUUCACAUGAGAGUUCAUACUGGAGAGAAGCCAUUCACUUGUUAUCAGUGUGGGAAGAGCUUUAAACAAUUAGCACAUCUUACAGGACACAUGAGAGUUCAUACUGGAGAGAAGCUGUACGCAUGUGAUCAAUGUGGAAGGAGCUUCACACAAUCAGCACACCUUAAAAAACACAUGAGAAUCCACACGGGAGAGAAGCCGUUCACAUGUGAUCAGUGCGGCAAAACAUUUCCUGUGUCAUCAAACCUGAAGAAACACCUGAGAGUUCAUAUGAAGGAGCCGCACACAUGUGAUCAGUGUGGA